AUGACUGGUCACUUAAAUAUGGGCGUCAAUGUGGCCCGACAGCUGGCCACUAGUGCUGAGCAUCGGGUUAUAUACUUGACCUCACAGGAAGCAGCCGACAAAAAACUAGACAAGUUAUUGGGAACCAAUGUAGAAAUCAUGAUCGAACCGGAACCGGGGAUAAAAAUUUGGCAACAAUUGACUGAUAAUAAUUAUUGGUUAGAAACGGGUUUACUAAGUGAUGGUCUACUGGCCUAUGAAAAAGCAUCGAUAAUAUUCAAUGAAAUGAAAUCAAUAGAUAAUUUAGAUAGUGAUAAUCAAUUACUGGAUCAAGUGUUAGCAGUGGUCAAACCGGAUCUAAUAGUUACUGAUUUUAGUAUUGUCUAUCCGGCAAUAGCUAGAUCGGGAAUCCCGUUGAUGAGGAUAUGGAUUACGGCACGAUUGACCGGUAUUGGUGAUAGAUUAUUACCGCCGCAUGGAUCGGGUUUACCUAUUGAUUCUAAACCUGAAAUAUUUGCUGAGUUUAAUGAAAAAUUAAUAAAACCAUUGAAUGCUAUUUGGAAACCAUAUAAUAAUUAUUUAGUUUCAAUGGGAUGUCAGCCGUUACCGGAAAAUGUCUUAUUCCCGAUUGACAACUGUCUCAAUAUUUAUGCCUAUCCUAAGGAAAUGGACCAAUUGUAUGAACAGAUUAAACCGUUACCAAAAAAUGUCAUACGUUUUGAUCAUAUGCUUAUUGAAUCUGAUUUUGAUGGACAGGAAUUUAUAAUACCCGACAAACUACGGGACAAAUCAGGAAAAUUGAUUUAUUUUGCAAUGGGAUCUAUCUGUGCAUCUGAUCGACAAAAUAUGAUUCGUUUAAUUAAAAUGUUGGGCAAAUCUCAGCAUAGAUUUAUAGUAUCAUUGGGUAACCGAUUAGAUGACUACUCUUUGCCCGACAAUGUAUGGGGACAACCAAGUCUACCCCAAUUGUCAAUACUGCCCCUGGUCGAUUUGGUUAUUACUCAUUGCGGUAUUAAUACUAUAUGUGAGACCAUGUAUUUUGGUAAACCUAUGAUAUGUUUGCCUGUAUUUGGCGAUCAAUACGAUCACUCACAGAGAAUAUAUGAAUUGGGUUUCGGUAUUAGACUAGACGUUCACAAAUGUACGGAACGGCAGUUAUUGGGAUCUAUUGACAGUCUAUUGACUGAUAAAGUGAUGGCCGAAAAAUUAAAGAAAAUAUCUCAACGAAUACAAUACAAAAUCUCUUAA